AUGCGCUGGAAGACCGUUUCUGCCAUCUUCUUCCUGGUGGUCAUCUACCUGGUCAUCGGCGCCACCGUUUUUCGGGCCCUGGAGCAGCCGCACGAAAGCUCCCAGAAACUCGCCAUCUUGGCCGAGAAGCUCGACUUCCUGGCCGUGCACGCUUGCGUUAAUUCGUCAGAGCUGGAGGAUUUGGUCAAGCAAGUGGUUUCCGCCGUCCGAGCAGGUGUGAACCCAUCAGGAAACUCCUCCAACCAGAUGAGCUUAUGGGACCUGAGCUCUUCAUUCUUCUUUGCGGGCACCGUCAUCACCACCAUCGGGUUUGGUAACAUCUCCCCUCACACAGAAGGUGGGCGGAUAUUCUGCAUCAUCUACGCGUUGAUGGGGAUCCCUCUUUUCGGCUUCCUGUUGGCUGGAGUGGGCGAUCAGCUGGGCACCAUUUUUGGCAAGGGCAUCGCCAAAGUGGAGAAAAUGAUCGUGAAAUGGAAAGUGAGCCAAACCAAGAUCCGCGUGAUCUCCACGUUGCUCUUCAUCCUGUUUGGCUGCCUGAUCUUCGUGGCUUUGCCAGCUGUCAUCUUCAAACACAUCGAGGGUUGGAGCACGCUGGAGUCCAUCUACUUUGUGGUCAUCACUCUCACCACCAUCGGAUUUGGAGAUUUCGUCGCCGGGGAAAAAGACAGACGAGAAGCAAAAGUUAGCGGCGGUUCCGAAAGUCCGGAGUACCUCAAGUACUACAAGCCGGUAGUGUGGUUCUGGAUUCUGGUGGGUCUGGCGUACUUUGCUGCUGUGCUCAGCAUGAUCGGCGACUGGUUUCGCGUCAUCUCCAAGAAAACCAAGGAGGAGGUGGGCGAGUUCCGAGCUCACGCCGCCGAAUGGACGGCCAACGUGUCCGCCGAAUUCAAAGAGACCCGCCGGCGUCUGAGCGUGGACAUCUACGACCGCUUCCAGCGUGCCGCGUCCAUCAAACGCAAACUGUCGUCGGAGCUGGGCAUCGGCACCUCGGCCAGUCAGGAAAUGACACCGGGUAAACGGACACUGUCGGCCAACCUGGGAGAGGACCGUGAGGUUUACGCCAACUUGACUCUGUCGCUCACGCCGGGCACCCUGACCCGGAACGGAAGUCUUUUCCUCAACGGGCUAAGUCCGGAUUUUGCAGACAGAAUGGAGGUUGCGGUGGUUGAAAACACCAAAUGA